AUGAAAUCAAAAAACUAGGUUUAAUCAGAUGAAGAUAUAGAUACUCUGGGUUCCUAUACAUCGAUGACUUACGAUGACAAAACUAUGGAAGUGAUGCAGUUCAGAAAAGAGAAUUUCUUUCAAUUUGGAUCAUCCAUAUUGGCAGUAAUUUAUAUGGCCAAUACAAUGUUGAUUCCUAAUAUGAACUAACUUUUUAUUGAUAUAUCAUUUGAUAAUCCUUUAAAAAUGGUUAUUUCAGUGAUCAUGUAUUGGUUGCUCUCAUUUUUAAUUUUGAUACCCUGUUAUUUGGUUAUUAAAAUAUGCAAGCAAGAAGGUAAUCCAAUUUAUGCCCAUAUUAUCAAACAAGAUUCAAAUAAAAUCUACAAUUCAUUCAUAUAUUGUAAUUUAAUAAUAAAUACCCUUGGAUUAUUUAAUAUAAUUGUGAGAUUGGGGGACAGCUUACCUAAGGUUAAUCGAAGGUUUUACAUUGAGUUUCAUCAUUUAAUGGCUUCAGAACAAGCCGAACUAUUCUUCCCCACUAUCGUUUGCUAUUCAACAGUAGUGUUGGCAUUAUUUUAUGGAUUUUAUAAAUUUUCGUACUUUGAACAUUACUAUGACAUUCAAUAUAGACUCAUAAUCUCAUUUGUAGGUAAAAUAUUAUUGAAUACGUUAAUAUUUUUAUUGAUAUACUUUGAAGUACCUGAUGCAAGCCAGGAAUACAUAUCGAUGGAUGAAAAGUAAAUAUUUUGAUAUAUGUAAAACUAGCUUAUUAGAUGCAGAUUUUUCGAGUGGUGCUUCAGAAUGGAUAACUUAUUGCUUUAACUAAAUUUGUUGCAUUUCAUAUCCUUUCUUUGAAGUGUUCUAUUUGAAGAGAGAAACCAAAAAGGGAUACUCAAAGGUUUAGUAAUGCUAUUGGAUUUAGUUGUUGUUGAGAUCAGUGAUAUUUUUUUACUAGAUCACAACAUGGGGAAUUAUCAUCAGAUAAGAUAAGAUGAAGUAUUACUAUUAGCCAUUAUUGCAAUCCUUAAACUCAUUGCUGAUAUUCCUAAUCUCCAUGUCCAUAACUUCGAUAUAUUCGCACAAUUACACAUUGAAUAAAGAACUCUUAGAGGAGAAUAUACAGACUGCAACAGAUGAAGAUAAUAAAAAAUAAAUUAAGGAAAUCUAUAUGAUAGCUGCUGGGCUUUUUAUAUUUUAAAUAUUAAGCUGUGUUGUAUGCAGAUACUUUAUUAAAGGCAUAGAAGUUCCACAAAUCAAAUCAUUUAUUUUUUCAUUAACUUAUAGUGUGCAAACCAUUUGCUUUGGUUUUUCUUGUAUAAGCAUACCAGUGUAUUUAUGGAUCAAAAACUUUAACCCUAAAUCCAAUAUAUUUAGUGGAAUGGCUUAUUUGGCAAUCUUAGUUUACAUGAUUAUUUUUCUUGGGAUAAGCAGCGAGCCAUUUUUUUCAUUAAAAUAAUGA